AUGUUGCCGCAUUCUCAGCGAGCACGCACCUUCACCCCUUUACUGUAUGCUCUCGCGCUAUUGCAAUGCUGUCUCAACUGCACCGCCGCUGUGGUCAUUGGUACUCCGCCUGGCCUUGCAUUUGGCACAACGGGAGGAGGGAAUGCUGCACCGGUGUAUCCGACCACCAUCAACGAUCUACGGAGCCUUUUGAGCGAUAAUCAGCCCCGAGUCAUUGUCCUCAAACGAGCGUUCAAUUUUGUCAACACUGAAGGCACGACGACGGAAAAGGGUUGCCGUCCCAAGAACAACCUAAACUGCAUUGCCAAGAAGAACGGCUUUCAGGGACAAGACGCCAUUCAGCCAAGAUUCAGUAAGUGCGAUGGCUCAAUUGUGGAUAUCACUUACGACAAGGCGGCUAUCACCCCCCUUGUUGUUGGUAGCCACAAGACGCUAGUGGGCGAUGGAAUGAAGGGCGUGCUGAACGGCAAGGGCCUCAUCAUUACUGGCAGCAAUGUCAUCGUUCAGAACAUCCACAUUACCAACCUAAACCCACACCUCGUGUGGGGAGGUGAUGCCAUAACUAUUCGAGGAGCAUCAACUACUGCUCCUUCGAAGAAUAUCUGGAUCGACCACAUCAAGGUGUCAAGCAUCGGGCGCCAGAUGGUCGUCAUCAACUUUUCCGGCGCGACGGGACUCACGAUCAGCAACUCAGACUUUGACGGUAGUACCAAGUUUUCUACGUCUUGCGAUGGGCGGCACUAUUGGGGCUUCUUGAUUUUGGGAAAACAGACGGAGCUCAGUUUGUUGGGAAACUAUCUGCGCCAGAUGUCAGGACGAUCGCCGAAGGUCGGGGGUAGCAACGGAGAUCUGGCUGUCGUUCAUGCCGCGAAUAACUACUUCGAAGACAACUCUGAACACGCCUUCGAGGCAUCUACCGGCGGAUUAGUUCUGGCGGAAGGCAACUACUUUGAGUCUGUCCGAAGACCGAACGUGUACAACCCGAAAGGAAGCUUUUUGGUCCCAGGUGCUGGUGUUGACUGCCAGGCUAACCUCGGCCGCAGAUGUAUGCCGAACGUGCUGAGCAAAAGCGGGACGCUUUACAACAUUGCAGGAGACGCAGUGAUGACGAAGAUGAGCAAGUUGAAGGCACGAAUCGGUGCUAGCAAGGUGCACGCAGCGGCCAAGCUUUCUCUUGCAACGGGUACCUUUGGCGUCAAUGCUUACGAUGACGACAGAGUCGACCAGAUGAGCGCCGUACAGGAGACAGUGCGACGAUCUACCAAGUAG